AUGGCCUUUGAACAGCUGCAAUUUAAGAAAAAGAGUGACAAUGUCUACGAACUGAAAGGCCGACUCUUAACAUCAAUUGACCUUGAGUCAGUGCCAGAUGAUUUCACAGAUUUACAUGCUGUUGCUGAUGUCUUUCGCAUCCAAUCGGACCUUUCUGAUAAGUUUCGUGGCAAAAAUCUCGCAAUUCUUGCAAAUUACGUUGAAGUGACUAAACCAAGCACAUUUGACUUGUCAGGCGAGCCUGUAACUCCAACUUUUGACUUUCAUGGUGACAAGGAUGAACAUGGAACAGGUCUUGAUGGUCAGGAUGGUGUAGCAGGCAAAAGUGGUGGAAAUUUUGCUCUAAAUUGCAGAUUAAUCAACAAUAAUUCACAAUUGACAAUAAUUGCGAACGGAAGUAAUGGAACUAAUGGACAGAAUGGUGGAAAUGGAGAAGAUGGAGUUCAUGGCAAGGAUGCAUCGCAAAGAAGCUUUGUUGUUGAUGGAUUUAAUUGGAAAAUGAGCUUUGACAUUAAUGAAAAAUGGGAAAUGAAUGCAAAGUUUGGACUUGAAGACGUUGAAAAAUCGGAACUAAUAACUGAAGAUGGAUUGACUGCUUUUGUCUUCAAACAGAUCUCAAUUCUUGAUGACUGGGGAUUGAUGCUUGUUGUGGGUGGUAAAGGACAGCCUGGAAAACUUGGAGGACUUGGUGGCUGUGGAGGUAAAGCAGGUCAAGCUGGAUCAAUUUUCAUCCAUUGCGACCAAAGUUCACAUCCAGAAAAUAUUUUAGCAACAGCAAAUCCAGGAACUGAUGGUGAGAAUGGAGCUAAUGGAGCAAACGGUGCUGAUGGACGUGAAGGACGUGAUUUAUGGAAAUAUGACCAAAGAGUUUGGGGAAAUCCGGAAUGCUUCGGUGAAGAUCGACCAACAAAGUUUAAACUAGUUUGGGGUGAAAGUGCUGAUUAUACAGUCUGGGAUGGUGCUGCAAAUUCUUAUGUUCGAGUUGAGAAGGAUUAUGACAUUGAGAUUCCGAUAGGAACAACAAGGAAUGAAUCUAUUAAGGACUUCAAUAUUGAGACACCAGAAAAGGUUCCGUCAUUCGAUAUUUCGGUGUUGAAAAAUGAAUAUUCACACUAUUUGGAUAGCAAUAAAGUUGGAUCGAUGAAGGAGUUUGAGAAGAUGUCUAUACAGCUGGCAAGCAGGAACACCAUCGAUAUUGUAAUACCUUAA